AUGAAUCGUGUUUUUCGAUCAUAUCUAGAUGAUUUUGUAGUUGUCUUCAUCGAUGACAUCUUGGUUUAUUCAAAGACCCCGAGGGAGCACGAAGAGCAUUUGAGGAUUGUGUUACAGGUUCUGCGGGAAAACAAGUUCUACGCAAAGUUAUCCAAGUGUGAGUUCUGGCAGGAUAAGAUAGCAUUCUUAGGGCAUGUGAUUACUAAAGAGGGAGUAACAGUGGAUCCCACUAAGAUUAAAGCAGUAAUGGAUUGGCCAGCACCAACUACAGUGGCCGAGGUCCGAAGUUUCUUAGGACUAGCUAGUUACUACAAGAGGUUUGUGCGAGAUUUCUCCAGGAUUGCUAAACCAAUGACAAACCUCAUGAAGAAGACUACCAAGUUUAUGUGGGACGUGAAUUGUGAAGAAGCUUUCCAAGAGCUGAAGAGGAGAUUGACUUCUGCACCAAUAUUGACUUUGCCAUCAGGAAUAGAAGGAUUCGAGAUCUAUAGUGAUGCAUCUAAAAAGGGAUUGGGUUGUGUACUAAUGCAAAAUGGAAAAGUGGUGGCUUAUGCAUCAAGACAGCUUAGGACUAAUGAAGUCAACUACCCUACCCAUGAUUUGGAACUAGCUGCAGUGGUUUUUGCUUUGAAAAUUUAG